UUUUUUUUCGUAGAUAAUAAUUUUCCUAGAUAGAAUUUUAUGUUAAUCUAUUGUUUUUAUAUUGAAAUACAGUAAAAUUUGAUAGAUGAUGUCUUUUUACGAAUGGAGUUAUUUUAGCGUUUUUAUUUAUAACAGUUUGUCUUUAUUUCAUACAGAAAAAUAUAUUCGAAAUAUGUUUCUUUUUUUUCUUUUUUUAAAUUGAUACAUGCCGUAUAAUUUCUCCUUAUUGAAUUAAACAUGACUCCCAAAAAUGUAACAUUUAUGUAACGGUAAAAUAAAUAAUUUACUUAUCGCGAAAAUCUUAUGCAGGUGACUGCAAAAUUCAAAACAAAUUAAUGACUACAUAAGUAAAAUUACACAACGGUUAAUGGUAUCAAAUGUUAGUAAAAAUUUUGCCAAAUUCCAUAAAACAAAAUGAUACGUAAUGCCAACACAGGAUUUUUGUAAUUUAGUGAAAUAACAUGGGUGUUUGGUUGCGUUUUUGCAUGUUUGAACCGUUUACACUCAAAACACACCGAGCAAAAGACUGAUAACGAUCACAACGUUUAAAAAGUAGUUAAUUAAACGCGAGAAUCGGAAUUACUGUUUGUAAAAAUAUCGCUUAAUACCUGCUUAUGCGAGGGGUGGUCAGUUUCUCCAAUUGAAAUUUCUAAAUAAACAAUUUUAGGACGUCCUGGGUGGGCGUAUAGAUAACGAGAACCGGUGUUGCUAAAACACUUACAUUUAAAUCCUGCAAUCUGAUUGGUCGACACGUGCAGAAAAGUGUUAACGUACGCCUAACUGACAUGGCAAAACGCACAGGAGAAAAAGCUACUCUACAAAUAUUUAUGGGUUUUGGCAUUUAUUUUAGCAUCGAAAGUCAACGUGCUUUAUGAAAACAAUUAGAUAGAACAAUAUAUGUUAUCAUCACACUGGAUAAACAGGGAUUUAAAUUUGUUUCUCCGGUGGGCAACAGACCAGUGACGAUCAAGCUCUGGAAGCAAUAGGAUGAAACACUAAUUCUGAUAAUUCUGAACACGCGAUUUAAGGAAUAGCGAAGUCUGAGAAAAAGACCUACUGAACAUUAUCUGAAGCAUGUCUUCUUCAAAUGAACUUGUUCGCGCACAACAGUUGGCAAUGGUCGGAAAUUCCUCUGCCGGACUCUAUCCUCAAUACGGGAAUCUUAGCCCAGGGAUGUCUCCUUAUCCUUACCCCCCGGGAUUGUACUGUCCGUCUUUGGAUUUUAACCGAGCCUACGCUUUGAGGAUGAUCGAGGAGAUGCACAGACGGGACCAGCCCCAGAAACCCCCGUAUUCUUACAUCGCUCUGAUCGCCAUGGCAAUCAAGAAUGCACCAGACAGAAAAAUCACCCUGAACGGAAUCUACCAGUUCAUCAUGGAAAGGUUUCCUUAUUAUCAUGACAAUAAGCAAGGCUGGCAAAACUCAAUUCGUCACAAUCUGAGUCUCAAUGACUGUUUUGUAAAAGUAGCUAGGGAGAAGGGAAAACCCGGGAAAGGGAACUACUGGACUCUAGAUCCGAACUGUGAGGAGAUGUUUGAAAACGGGAAUUAUCGCCGCCGGAAGCGAAGGGUGAAAGGAUCAAGCAAAGAGGAUGGAGAUCACCUGGAUGGUGAAUUCGAGGCGGAGAACCAUUCGGACACAGAAGACCAUGCAGACGAAGAAUUAGCUGGACUAGAUGAAAAUGAUAGUGGAAUUAAUGUUGCUUGUUCCGACGAGGAAAAUUCUAAAGAUGGCAUUGUUAAUCGUUUGUGCACCGAGAAGAUUCCGUCCAAUCCCUCCGAAAUUCCGGCUAUCCGAAAACGACUUUUUACUAUUGAUAGUUUGAUCGGAGACGAUUCUCCUGCUCAUUUCCAGUCGGAACCGACCGCAAAACGCAAACUGGAAAAUUUCGAAAAGCUACCGAAUGAGAAGAAGAAGAAAUAUGACAUUUUUGACAAAAUUCCUAGUCCUCCUCCAAAGAUCAUUGACUUGAAGGGACAAUCUCCAACCUCUUUUCAAAUUUCUUUGGCUUCUGGUCUCUAUGGCAACGGAUUUCUUCGAAAUCACCCUCAUGGAUUAACACAACCCAUGGGAACUUACCCAGGCUAUCCCCCUUUGGGUGGAUUUUCCUUACCGAUCAAUAACCCGCAGGAAUUAAUCCUUAGAGCGCAAGGAUUGGCAUUUCCUAAAUUCUGGGACCAGCGAUCGGGAUUGGACAACCCGGAAUUCGUCUGUAGGACUCCGAUGAUGGCCUAGACUUUAAUUAAUAAGUUUCACUGUUUUGUACUCGGACAACCAUGUUUAAUAAUCAGUGUGUCAUAAAUUCCAUAAUUGUUUAUAAUAACGAACAAAGUUGUCAAUUUUUUCAUCACUUCUGCCGAUGUGUAUGACAAGGAGAGAUGACCUUAAUUGUGAAAAAUUGCUGUUUUUAGAUGAAUGACAUUUCUCGUGUCCAAACCCCAUUAGUGAAAGCGACAGUGAAAAAGCACUUUGUUGAAAUCAUUUUUAAUUGUGCAUUUCCUCUUUCCGAUUAAGUAAUACCUUGUUCUGUACGGUAUCGUUGAAAUGCGACCAAAAGUUUCAAUGUUUUCAAUUGUUUGAAAAACGGAUGUUGUUAAUAAUUAUUUGUACAUUGUAUUAAAAUAAAUAGUUCUAAUUUAAA